CUUUAUGAUUAAUCUGAAAUCAAGUUGAAAUGGAAGAGCUGCAUCAAUUUUCGAGGCUUGAAUUAUCAACUAGAAGUGGUGUUUUAUUAACAGAAAUAAUCUGUCAAAUUAGGAAGAAUUUAAUGAAAGAAAUUUUUAUAAUAAUCUUCUCCAAUUACGAAAAAUCUCUAAGUUUUAGUUGAAUCGCAUAAACAUAAUAGCCGAUGAUGGAGGACAUUUUACUUAUUUUGACAACCACAAAUCCUGGUUGGAAUGAGAUGUGAUGAGUGAAAAUUUGAGAUUGGGGGAUAAAAAUCAUAAAAUAUCCAUAUUAAUGAACCCCCAAAGAGAAGAUAGAUAAGAACCAUCCUCAUCAAUCUUCCUUUAAUUGUUCGAGACUUCUACCUGGGCGAAGAGAGUCACAGAAUUUCCACGAAACUUCCCGCUGCGCAAAGUCGGGUUUCUCGAGGUAGUUCGUCCAUUCUCGACACGGAGCUCGGUAAAACUCGUCGACACGACAUUCCAAACGCAACCGCAGAACCUAAACAUUCCCUUCGAGUGAACCGCGCGCGUCGGUAGCGUUCCGACGAUUUUUCUCAAAACGAAAACACCAUGCUUCUUCAUCUCCGAUUCGUGUUCGCCGUGGCGAUGAUCUUUUUGAUGAGUGGCGUUCAAUCGCUCGUUCGACAAUGCGAACCUAUUCGUAUGGAAAUUUGUCGUGGUCUCGGUUACAACUUGACAGCAAUGCCGAACUUGGGUGGUAACGAAUAUCAAGAAGAAGCGGAGUUCUACCUGAAAACGUUCCAGCCGCUCAUCAACUUUGGUUGUAGUCCGCAACUGAACCUGUUUCUAUGUUCGGUUUACGUGCCUAUGUGUACUGAGAAGGUGUCACAUCCCAUCGGACCGUGCCGCGGACUUUGCGAGGGUGUUCGCGAUUUGUGCUUUCCGGUUUUGGAGAAAUUUGGGUUCCCUUGGCCCGAGACUUUAAAUUGUACCAAAUUUCCCAUCGAAAACAACCAAGAACACAUGUGCAUGGAAGGGCCAAAAAACAUGAUGGUUAGUUCUAGUGGACGCGGAUCGCACGUUGAUAACUCAUUAAGAACACACGAUUGUCCUCCGAAUCACGCGAGAAACGACGCUUCCGGACCGUGCAUCCCACUUUAUGAUCCAAACUUUUUGUUUGAUGAUAACGAAAAGAAUUUCGCAGAGGUUUGGAUAACAGUUUGGGCAACGAUAUCAUUUAUUUCGAGUUUAUUCGCCGCAUUAACAUUAUCAAUCGGCGGCGGGCGGGUCAAAGCAAGACCCCUGGUUAGUUUGGCUUUGUGUUAUUGCCUGGUAAGCGUCGGUUGGAUCACUCGAGUUAUUACCGGAAGAAAAGCCGGUUCCUGUCUGCCAAACGAGAACGCCCAAGACUUCCACGAAGACGACGGACUCACAAACGCGAACUGCGCGAUCGUUUUCCUGAUGAUUUAUUACUUUGGGAUGGCUGCCAAUGCUUGGUGGGUGGCUUUAUGUGCUUGGUGGGUUGCCAAAGCUGGACUUUCCUGGCCAUCGGAAAAGCUUCGAAAUUUAGGAUCUUGCCUCCACAUCGCCGCUUGGGGAUUCCCCGCGAUUCAAACUGUAGGAGCCUUAGUUAAAAGAGAAAUUGAUACGGACGAAUUAACUGGUACAUGUUACAUAGGAAACAAAAACUCAGGAAUCCUCCUCGGAUUAGUCCUCCUCCCCCAAUCCCUUUACUUAAUAUCCGGAGUAACCCUCCUCGCAAUCGGUUCCAUUUACGUUAUGAAAAAACCCCAAACAGUUUCCGCCGCCCCAUUAACCGGAGCAGCCCCAAGAAAAGAAUCCGACAUAUUAGGAGGCCUUUCGACCCUUUACAUCAUCCCAACGGCUUGCGUUUUGGCCAGUAUUUGUUACGAAUACAAUAAUCGCGACGAUUGGUUUCGAGGGACCGAAAAACCAGCUCUUUGGGCGUUCCUCCUAAAGCAUUUAAUGUCGUUAUUCGUCGGAGUAAGCACGAUUUUUUGGUUAUGGUCCAAGAAAACGAUCGCCGCGUGGAGGAACGUUUGCAAACGAUUGGGGCCCCGAAAACAAAUCGCCGUUAAAUGUCAAAUGCCGCUGGUGGUGACGCAUCCCCCGCAGAUAUCUCAUAUUUCAUCGACGAUGACCACCAGUAGUAGACAUUCAUCGAGAUCUCAUCCCCAUCGAAAACCGAGAAUGCCUCAACAACAUCAUCAACAUCAACGAACGUUAAAAACAAUUAUUUAAAAGGAAAUUAAAAAGAAAGAAAUGUAAAUAGAGCUUUAUUUAUUCGAGUGUACAUUUAAAUGUCCCGCCAUUAAUAGUUCCUUUAAUGAUCACGGCGAUCGCGGCGCUGUUAACGUUUAUUUUUUACUUCAAAAAAUAAUAAUAAUAAUCAAAGCUUUAAAUUCGAUUAAUUAAUUAUUAUUAAAGA